UUACUCUUACAAGUGCUAAAAACUAAAAGAAAAGGAGAAAAAAAAAAACACCAUAGUAGUUCUUUCUUGCCGCCGAUCCUUAUAAAACCUUGAAUCGCUCGAUCUAUCAACCUAUCCAAUUAAGAGAAGAAGAAGAACGUCAGCAAGAAGCUCUCUCUCACUAUAUCAGCAUGGAGAUUAAGACCUUGACUGUUCGUAAUCACACACGAGUUGGAGGACGAGGUGGAGGAUCUGCAAAAAAUAAUGCUGUUUGUUAUUUUUGGAAAGAAGGGAAGUGUAACCGAAAUCCAUGUAGGUUUCUGCACACAGAUUCCCCAGCCCCGAAUAUUUACCAUAGAAAUUUUAAGCAGUCUCAAGCUUCAAAGGACCAACUGAAGAAGAGCCUAAAGUAUGCGUUGGGUGAAAAUACUAGAGGUGGUUCGCUAGAAGAUAAAAGCAAUAAGAGCAGACUCAGUUUUAAUUACGAGGACUUGCCAAGGAAGUGCCCCCUAUAUAUUUCUAAGAAUUGGUCCAUUUUGAAAACUGGAAGCCAUGGAUUGGAAGGUGUAAACAAUCAGGAGAGCUCCUGUCCUGGUGCUGAGGAUCUACUGAGGAAGUGCCCCGACCAUAAAAAUGCGUUGGUUUUAUCUGCCGGAGGUGGUGGUUCUGAAGAUAGAAUUGCUCGGAAUUGCAAUGUUUCUGUCACUGAGGCAGAAGGUCUAAAGAGGAUAAGAGUACAGAAGUUCAUUGAAGAUAGCCCAAAGGAUACAGUGAUUUCGACUACUGAAGGUUCUGUGCCCAAAGUUGAAAUUCCUCAGAAGGACCAACAAAAGGCUUGUGAGCAGUGGAUGUCAGACAGUUGUGUUGAAGGCAAGGGGUGCCAGUACUUGCACUCGUGGUUUCAUGGGGUAGGGUUUUCGAUGCUGGCAAAGCUCAGCGGGCACAGUGAGGCUGUCUCGGGUAUUGCGCUUCCUUCAGGAUCUGAUAAACUUUAUUCAGGCAGCACUGAUGGAACAGUACGUGUUUGGGAUUGCUGUACUGGUCAAUCUGUCAGGGUGAUGAAUCUCGGUGAUGUUAUUGGGUCUUUGAUCAAUGUGGGCUCAUGGGUUUUUGUUGGCAUGCCAAAUGUUGUUAAGGCAUGGAACAUUCAGACAGAAGCUGAAUUUAGUCUUUAUGAGCUGGUUGGGCAAAUUUAUGCAAUGACAGCUGUUCGUGAUAUGCUCUUUGCUGGGGCACAGAACGGUGCUAUUUUGGCUUGGAAAGGUAGUACUGAGAGCAAAAAUCCUUUUCAAUUGGCUACAUCUUUGGAGGGCCAUACAGGUGCUGUGACUUGUUUGGCUGUUGGAGCCAAGUGGCUAUACUCUGGUUCUGCGGACAGCACGAUAAGGGUGUGGGACCUUGAUACUUUACAGUGUAUUUAUACACUGAAUGGGCAUGCUGAUGCGGUGAUGUCCCUUAUUUGCUGGAAUCAGCAUCUCUUGUCAUGUUCAUUGGAUCAAACAGUAAAAGUCUGGUUUGCUACUGAUGAGAGCCAUUUCGAAGUGAUCUAUACACAUGAUGAGUAUCAUGGUGCUCUUGUCCUUUGCGGGGUAAAUGAUGCAGCAACCAAACCAGUUCUGUUAUGCUCUUGCAAUGACAAGUCUGUCCGCCAAUAUGAGCUACCAUCGUUUAGUGAGAGGGGCAGGAUAUUUUCAAAACAAGUAGUCAGAACAAUUCAAGUAGGUCCGGAUGGCCUAUUUUUCACCGGGGAUGGAAGUGGUUUGCUGAGCGUGUGGAAAUGGGCUGAACACAGAGUGGCUUCAUAAGGAGCGUAUAUUUUUUCAAUAGCUGCCUGACCUGUAAAAUUUGGUCGCCCCAAAUUUUGUUUUUGUAUAGAGGUUGAAGGGAUUGAUUGAUAGAAAAGCUUCUCUGUAGCUUUUCCAAAGCUACAUAAGAAUCCAUCUCUGUAUUCAUAUUGUGGGGUUCUGGAAGUAAUUGUAGAACUCAAACAAAGUGUGGUUAAUUAUCUUGAUUAUCUCUCUAUCAAUGGAAAUUCUCUUAUUGCCA